AUUUAACCAUGCCUAGUAUACUCACGUCCUCUCGAAGUGGACAAAGUGGCCUGUCUAGGGUCAACUCUUUCAAGCGCGAAUGGGGAAACGACGGCGCAGACCAUCAACCAUCAAGCUCGGCAUCGCGCCCGUAUGAGUGGUCACCAAGCCCCGAGCGCCCCAAGCGAGAGAAUGUUGCCAAGCUCGAACCUGGAGUGAAACGAGAACCCCCCGCCAGGCUCGAGUACGGCGCCAAGCCCGCCGUCAUGCCGCUGCCCAUUCCUGUCUCCAAGCCCGACGACAACUUGACCCCGGCUGAACGCCGUCGCAAAGCCAUCCUCGCAGCGAUGAACGAAAAUGCGCCGGUGGUUCUUGCCCCUGCCCCUGCCCAGGCAUUGCCUUCCCUUGACGAUGACGCCGACGUACCAGCGAUUCGUCUCAAGAGGCCGAUGCCUUGGGAUUCUUCCUUCCCCCUUAGUUGGGUUCGCCGGCUGGCACCAUUUGAUCUCCCGUUUUUGAGCUGUCCCGCUGACGAUCGAAGACCUACCAAGAAGGUCGUCAGCCGGUCAGGCUCGUCGUCCUCGACCAGCAGUGCUGCGCCCAAGAAGAACGCCAAGCCUCACAUCCCUAUGGUCAGCAUUAGAGCCAAGCUCUGCUUGAGCUCUGAACAACAGGAGGUUCUCCGUAUGGUGGUGCAAGAGGGAAAGAACAUCUUCUUCACCGGUAGUGCGGGAACCGGCAAGUCCGUCCUCCUCCGUCACAUCAUCGACGGCCUGAAGAAGAAGUGGAAGGCAACGGACGCUGUAGCCAUCACUGCCUCAACCGGCAUUGCAGCCUGCAACAUCGGUGGAGUCACACUGCAUUCCUUUGGUGGCGCAGGACUCGCAGAGGGCGACAUCCAGGCAGUUGUGAAGCGGGUCAGGAUGAACAAGAAGGCGGCAGCCCGUUGGACGCGCACCAAGGCUCUCAUCAUCGACGAGGUUUCCAUGGUGGACGCCGACUUGUUCGACAAGUUUAACAAGAUUGCCCGCGUCAUGCGCAAGAAGGACAUUCCCUUUGGCGGCAUGCAGAUCAUUGUGACUGGCGACUUCCUCCAGCUUCCUCCGGUCACCAGGGGCACUGAGCCGAGGUUCUGCUUCGAGGCCACCACCUGGGAAGAGUCUUUGGACCAGCAGGUUGUCCUGACCCAAGUGUUCCGUCAGAAGGACCAGCGAUUUGUCGACAUGCUGAACGAAAUGCGCUAUGGCAAGCUAUCGCGCGAGUCUAUUGCCGCUUUCCACGGGCUCAGCCGCCCACUGAGCAACGACGAUGGCAUCGAGGCCACCGAGUUGUUCCCACGCCGUGAAGAUGUUGAACGAGCCAACACGCAGCGCCUGCGAGCUCUGAAUACCGACAGCUGGUCGUACCAGGCAACGGAUGCCGGUGUGGCCAAUCUCGACCAACGGCAGAAACUCCUGUCUAGCUUCAUGGCGCCUCACAUGAUUGAGAUCAGGAAAGAUGCUCAGGUCAUGCUUAUCAAGAACACCACCGAGACUCUGGUCAACGGCAGUAUGGGCAAGGUCAUCGGCUUCUGUCAUCAGUCAGAGUUUCGAGUCUCGGGCGCCAACCAGUGGAUUCCGCCGGGCGAGGACGACGGCCUUGAAGACGUUCCCGAUGACAAGAAGGAGCAGCUCCGCGACAUCCUGAAGGCGAAGAUCAACCCCAACGCCAAACCGUACCCCGUGGUGAGGUUCAACGUUCCUGGCGGUGGUUUCCAGGACGCGUUCGUGCAACCCGAUAGCUGGAAGACGGAGCUGCCAAAUGGCGAAGUUCAGGCGUCUCGUUCCCAGGUCCCGCUUAUUCUGGCGUGGGCCAUGUCGAUUCACAAAGCGCAGGGACAGACGCUCGAAAAGGUCAAGGUGGACCUUGGCAAGGUGUUUGAGAAAGGGCAGGCGUAUGUCGCGCUGUCGCGAGCAACGUCGCUUGAAGGCCUCGAGGUACAGGGCUUCCGUGCUGACAAGGUCAUCGCCCACCCCAAGGUCGUGCGGUGGAACAACAAGCUGCAGACCUUGGGCGGCGGCAGCAGUGUGUUAUAGGCAUGGUCAUCAUCGACACGACUCGUAUUCACGCAAUAGUUUCCUAUCAGCACAUUUACAUUCCCUCACAUCAGCCCCAGCGCUGAGACGCAUCCAUAUGUUUUAGAGUCAAGCACCGC